AGUCGGGACUCGAACGCAGGUGAAAUUUUAAUCCGCCAGAAGCAUUUGGACGGUUUGGCGCUCGCCGCAUUCUUCGAUUCUCUCGCUCUCUCGGGCGCCGCGAACAGCUCGUUUCCAUUCCCAGCUCUGCCUUCCUUCAGUCGCUCGCUUCAAGCAUCCGUGACGCGAUUCCGAGACCCGAGUGUGCUAUCGAAGCCACACACAUAUCGCCUGCACCCGCGCACGCUUCGAAUCCGGACGGUCGUCCGUCUUCCAGUGUUCCUCCGAGUGCCGGCCGAGACGCAUCGUGUUGUUUGAUCAAUUCUGAGUGAACGGCGGGUAAAUUAAACAAGCCAAGUGUUACGCGUCGGAAAAUCACCUCAGUAACCGGGAAUUUUCUCUCCAGGCAAAACGAGAGGAUUUUAGAAAUUUUACUGCCCGAACCUAAUACAGACAACAUAUCGAAGGGAGAAAAAGCGGAAGGAUAAAAGUAAAAUAAGCAAGAAAUGGCGGAGGUGGCGUCAAAGAAGUCGAUAAAUGUAGUAAGUAGUAACAAAACGAGUGAAGCGUGCGGUGUUAGCUCUAACAACGGUUUGCUAGACUUAGAAACCUGCAUAACACCCCGCAGUAACAACCAACUAAUCACACUGUCGGAGGAAGAGUUAAUCCUUGCGAACAACGGGUGCGCUAAGAACGAGAUCAGCGUGGACGACAAGAGCUUGCAGGAGCUUAUAGAGAGCGAACUGGCCUUGAGAAUAUCCUCGACGACGGAAAUGGUGGGAACCGGUGAGGACGCAGCGUUCGAGGCGACAGAUUACAUGGAAGGUGGUCAGCCGGAGAUAACGAAGAUAGUCCUUGAGCCGAGGGCGAGUCCUCGGGACGUAAACUCGGAGUUCAUAAUCGCCGAGAUGAAUCAUCACAACCUUACCGAGGCCGGGGUAGUCAGUGAAAACGGAAAUUUCCCGCCGGACUUUGAGUUCGCGGAGGUGAGCGAAGCCCGAACGAACAAAGAAACCGCUGGAACGGAUAUCGGCCAAUCGGUAAACGCCGAAGAAACGACUGUCGCAGACGUGACCGGACAGUCAAACGCCACAGUGACACAAGACAACCUCCACCAAGAGGUGGAUGGAGAUGAUCACCGGGAGCUCGAGGUCGGGCAGUUGAUUCCAACGAUCGUGGAUGAAGCUGAGAAAGAAGAACGAGCCGACUCGCAGAGGACCGAGGAAUUCUGUCGCCUAAACACAGAGUCCAAGGACUCGUCCUCGAGGACCAACGAGCUACUCGACACUUGGUCGAAUCCGGAAUCGUCCGGGGACACGAUGCAGAUUGGUCAGUUCUCGGACAACUUCGACGAGAGUUUACCGCAGCUCGGAUCAGACGCGGAUUCCGUAGCGUCCCGGGAUCAGAACGUCACCGUUGAUCUUCUCGCUUGUUAUCCAGGAAACACGAGGACAGUCAUGGAUCCCGACUUGAUCGUACCCGUUAAGGACUCUCAGACCGAUUUGAUAACGGAGGAAGUUUCGUCGGAGCAGGAAACCCUUCAGGAGGUUGGUGACGGGGUUGAUACACUCGAGGAUCCUGAAGAGGCGAUGAGAAACGCGGUGAAGGCUGCCGCCGAAGAGCUGGUACAGGAGAUAAUAUCGAAGUCGUCGGAUCUGAACGUGGAGAGGUCCGAGUCCUUCGAGAUAUCGAGCACUCGUGACUUUCUGGAGUUCGAACGAAAGGUCCUGCGGGAAAUGGAGGAGCACGAGACCCGGGAUCACGGUCGGAACGUCGACGAUCACGAUGUCUUCGAAGGUGAGACGAUGCCGGUUUUCACCGUCACAGAGGUCGUUCAGGAUCUACCAACUAAGACGAAUGACGCCACAGUCGAGGUUAUCCAGGCGACGGAAAAGACCCCUUCGGACAAUGAAUCGCCCCGUGUGUUUACCGAGAGCAAAUACGCUGAGAAUUGCUUCAGCGAGGCUCCUGAUCAUGGUGAACAGGAAUUCGAGUCCUGGACGACGGUCGAACAGGCGACUGAAGCCCCGAAACCGGAAGAGGGCGCUCAAGUCGAUUCCGUUGGAUCUAACCUCGCUCUCACUAACCUUCCAGACGGUUUGAACGCUCAGGUUGACCUUCGGCAGCUUGCUCCCUUAGCUACUCCUGAUGACGAAAUAAGCGAUGUCUCUAACAAGUGUGAUGUUCAUAUUGAAAGCCGGGAGGAAGUGAUAACGACAAGUUCCGUCGUGACGAGCUCGACUACCUCUGGAAAAAGCACGAAGACAACGAAGACGAAGAAAAAGAAAAUCGAAGGUGUCGCGAACAGCGAUGUUUCAACUGGCCUCACGCCGCGAACAAAGAAGACCAAGAAAAGCAAGAAGAGUGAUCCUGAGAAGGAAAACAUCUCGGUGAACGGUAACAUAGACGGUUCAAACAUGCGUACAAAAAUCAGUUCGAACUACGUGGAAAAGGUUGAGCAGCCUGCGGACGAAGACGAGCUGUCUAAUGUCAACGUUAAGACUUUGACACAAAGCUAUGUCUCAGAGACGAAUAGAACCGAACUGCAGGAGAAGAGUAGCGUUAAGGAAAUCAUCGCCACCGGCGUAUCCAUUAAACAAUUGUGCCGAAGCUUUGGUGACCUGUCGAACAUGAGCGAUGCCGAGGUGGAUACCUUUGCCCAAGAGGAUCACGAAAUGCCCGAGAGCGAUGAGCGGAGUGCCAUGACUGCGCUGGAAGGACGACGUUUUUAUCAAACACGUCACAGUGUACCAAAUGGUUCGACGCAUUCCGUCAUUACUUUGGCCAAAGAAAAUCUGCUAUCUAACGAUCCAGGCUUUCAAACGAAAGCAAAGUCGAUGGGUGACUUGAGACUGUUUGAUAAGGAGCGAACGGAACUAGCCAAAGACGCGAUUAUCUUCAACGGCGUAUCUGUCAAAGCACUCAGAGCGUGCUACUGUAGUUUGGCUAAUUUAACAAUCAACAGUGUUCAGAAGAACUCUGCCAAUGGUCACAGGUCACUGACCAUCAACCUGCAGAAAUCAAGCUUCAACAAAUUCGACGCAUUGAGCAAGAAGCCCGUUCUUCACGUGCGUUCAGUAGACGCUGGUAAAGUUCAGCAACAAUUCAACUCGGUGGGUCAAAAUGGAGAACCGAAUCCGAACUGCCGCAGUUGCGGUAAAGUCGUGUUUCAAAUGGAACAGACGAAAGCUGAAGGGUUGAUUUGGCACAAGAAUUGCUUCCGAUGUAACCAAUGCAGCAAACAGCUAAGCGUCGACAAUUACCAGAGCCACGAAGCCACCCUUUACUGCAAGCCACACUUCAAAGAACUCUUUCAGCCAAAACCUGUCGAAGAAUCCGACCAGCCCAUACGUCCACGCAAGCCAGAGCUGAUAAUUCGAGAGAACCAGCCGAAAGAAUUGCCACCAGAUGUGGUCAGAGCAUCUGAUAAGCCAGACUUGGGACUGGAAGAACUUUCGGCCCUUAAUGUCAAGUCUCGCUUCCAAGUCUUCGAAAAGACCGGUGUCGAGACCAACGACAUCGAACGAUCUCCGUCUCAAGUUGCCGUAAAACGUGCGCCAAGUAUCCUCAGCAAACUCGCCAAGUUCCAAGCCAAAGGAAUGGACAUCGGGGUUGCUGAUGAAUCCUUAAACGGCAUCCCUUACGAGGAAUCCAGCGAAAGCGGAGAGGAAGAGGAAGAGACUGAUGAAGUCGAUAAUGAAAUAAUCAAGGCAAAACGUUCAACCCGAGAACGUCCGAUGAGCUUUUCAAAAAUGGAUGACAUGAAAAAUCGGUGGGAAUCGACCAGCCAACAGGGACGAAGGGAGUCUCAAAGGGAGGCGCGCAAGGAGGAAAUUGCCGGGAUUCGUUCUCGCCUAUUUAUGGGAAAACAAGGCAAGAUGAAGGAGCUUUACCAACAAGCGGUUGCGGAAAGUGAACGCGUGACAAAAAUCAACGCCGCCGAAGAGAUUCAGGAAAUUCAACAAUCUGCCCACGCACGUUCAAUUAAGGAGCGUUUCGAACGCGGCGAGCCAAUUGCUGCCAACAACGACGAGAACUCCGAGGAGAAGUUUAAACACCAAGAUCGUGCCGAGGAAGACGUCAUCGCCGCUGGUAUCAGCAAGAAAUCUCGCAGUCUCUUUUUGGAGCUUGAUGCAACGGCAGCGAAAACGGCGAGGCCAGUGACACCAAAAACAUCAACCGAAACAACGCGACGCAUUCGUGACGCUUUCGUGGGACGUCAAGUGUCCGACGACGUCAUUCGUAGCACCGACACAGCCGAGGAAGUGCGAGCCGAGACAUCGGACAUUUCGAACAAGUUCAAGUUCUUCGAGGCUUAUAAAGCGCCCGAGAAACAGAGGAGGCAGUUCCGAAUUACGCCGCCACGUGACGGACAAGUCAAGAUGGAGUCUCCAGAACGUGAAAUCUACCGCGACCCGGAAGUCAUUCGAGCUGACGACAGAGUGAACGAGGUUGUCCACACCGACACGGCGAGGAAGAUGCUGUCGAUAUUCAGACAGAUGGAGGAGAAGGCUUCGAAGGAGGAUUUGCCCGACGGUCCAAAGCCCUUGAAGCGUUUCACACCACCGCCUGAGGACAAAUUCGCAAAACCAACGGCGUCCGAAUCCGAGGAUGAGGAAGACGAGGAGGGCGAAGAAUCCGAGGGCGUCGAAAGCGGCGAGGAUCGCGACCCCAACUACGUUCGGGCUUCGGACAAGGUAGAGGACGAGUUCUUGAAACAAGCUCAGAACGCAGCCCGUGCAAAAACGCUGCGCGCGAAAUUUGAACAGUGGGAAACGACCGACGAAAAGGUGACCAGUCAUCAUGUAGCUGAGAUGGAAAUUGCUCAGGGAGCCGGCGAUCAGUCAAGCAUAGAAUCCGCCAGCAGUCUCCGAGCCCGGUUUGAAUCCCUUGGUUCGCAAACCCCAGAAGUACCGCGUACCGCGAAGGUCAAGGUCAACAGAUUUGUGAGGAACCAGUAAAAACAUCAAGACUGAAAGGUGCCCAACGGAUUUGCCAAAGAAGAAUUAAUAUACGAGGAAGAAAAAUUAUAAUAUAAAUAACCACCUCAUUUAAAUUCUUAUAUACUAGAUGAAAAGAAAAAAAAAAAAAAAAGAAAAAAAAAUGAUAAAGAAAUAUUAAUUAUGUUAAAUUAUAUGUAUGUAAUAAUUAUACAACUAUGUUUUAAUAUUAUGUAAGUUAUACACAUAAUAUAUCGUUAUAGCUGGGUAUACAUAUAUAUACAUUCAUACAUUAUAUAUAUUGUUGGUUAUAAACGUUUAACUGUGUCAUUCAUGGCCUAAGGUAUAUACUUUGAAGUAAAUAAAAAAUGACGAGAUAUACAAUGAUUUUUAUAUGUAUGUAAAACGGCUAUAAAGGAAAAUAUAUAAUGUAUGCAUAACCUUAGGUAUAAAUAUGGAUUUGAAAUAUAAGACUAAUCUUGCAAUAAUUUAAUUUAUAAACAGUUGAUUGAUAUACUGAAAAAAAAGCAAUAGCCACCUUUUAUUAUCUGCUAUUUAUAAUUAUAUGAUACUCGAUCAGGGUGCAGUUUAAAUUUGACUGACAUAUGUGCGGAAAAUGAAAACAAAAAUCGACUUUGGUGUCCUCGAAGUUCGUUGUACAGAGAAAGCCUCUCAAGAUCAAUAAGGAUUCGUUUCGAUAAUUUAUUAAUUAGCCAUUAAAGGUUUUUAAUCUGUUUUGUAGGUAUUUGUCUUUUUCUUUCUUUCUUUUUCUUUUUUUUUCAUUUCAUUUUUUAAAUAUAGUACCAAUAGAAAAUAGUUCAAUACUUUUAUCAUUAACGUGACGCGUUUGUUUUCUUUUAUCGCCGAAACAAUUCUAAAAGGACUGAUAUUUGAAUAUAUGCUUCCCGGCGCAGUACGAACAAAACGGGAGAAAUGUAUAAAUAAAAACUCAUUCGGACGUAGGACAAAAAAAAAAAAAAAACAAAAAAUUUUUAGCAGCGGCACUUUUUAACAUUUUACAAGAUACAAAAAUACACUCUACAGGGCCUUUUUUCUAAGGGGGUUAUAUUAUAAUAUAUAUUAUACAUACACAGACGAAAAAAAAAAAAAAAAAAAACUAAAAAAAGAAAACAACAUUAUACACAUUGUAAACUUUUAAUAUUUUGUAUAUGAAAUGCGUAAUAAUUUUAAUCGAUUUAUACGUAUAAUAAACAAACACACGUAACGCGCAAGCGUGAAUUUCGUACGCAAAAAAAAAUAAGUAAAUUGAGAUAAAAAAAAAAAAA